AGCGCCUGGAGAUCCGUAUUUUCGAGCCAGCCAAAAAAAAAACACGAGACUCGCUCCCUCCUCCUGGCCGUGAGAUCCCAGCUCCGGUUUGGCCGUUACGGUGCUGACGUGGCGGCGACGGCGGUGGUUUCGGCCAUGAUGAGGAUGUGAUAUCGCUAUGUUCUCGGAAUAGACCAAGUCGGAGAGCGCAUGGUCCUUCUCGUCCUCGUCGUCACCGAGACUGGCCGUGGUUCUCCGAUUUGCGAUCCAGAAACCUUCUAGAAGCUUCUCUUCAGCCCCCCGUUUCUGGAAUCUUCGCCUUUGAAAGCUGCAGAGGUUCGGCGGGAUGUCGUUGAAGCACAUUGUUCGCGAGCUGAGGGAAAUGAGAGAUGGGAUUGGGAGCAUGUCGAGGAGAGUGGGUGAGAGGAAGCUUCGGCACAGUCGGACCAUGUCGCAUAUUUCUCCUGAUCUGGCUUCAACCCCUACAACUCAUGUGAUUCAACAGGGUCAGUGGGCGAACAUGCCUCCGGAGUUGCUGUUGGAUAUAAUUGAGAGGGUUGAAGAGAGUGAGGCGUCGUGGCCUGCUCGGAAAUCUGUCGUCUUUUGCGCUUCGGUUUGUAAGUCGUGGAGGGAUGUUACGAGGGAGAUUGUGAAAACUCCUGAAGAAUGUGGAAGGCUCACAUUUCCCAUCUCGUUGAAGCAGCCGGGGCCUCGCGAGUCUCCAAUGCAGUGCUUCAUCAAAAGGGAUAGAGCAACUUCCACAUUUUACCUCUACUUUGGUCUGGUGCCUGGUGAGAGCGUGAGAGAUAAAAAACUGUUGGCAGCCAAAAGGAUCAGAAGGGCAACACGCACAGAGUUUGUUAUAUCAUUGGUCGCAGAUGAUUUCUCUCGAGCUAGCAGCACAUAUGUUGGUAAACUGAGGUCCAACUUCUUGGGCACCAAGUUUACCAUAUAUGAUAGCCAACCGACAUGUGAUGCAGUAGUCCAACCAAAUUGUAGAUCAUCUCGAAGGUUUAGUUCUAAGCAGGUAUCUCCAAGAGUUUCAGCAUGUACCUACAAUGUCGGGACUGUCUCUUAUGAGCUCAAUAUUCUCCGCACUAGAGGCCCAAGAAGAAUGCAGUGUGCUAUGAACUCUAUUCCUGUAUCUUCUAUUCAGGAGGGAGGUACCGCCCCAACACCAACAUUUUUCCCACAAGUCUAUGAUGAACAAUUUUCUCUCUCCCCUGGUUUAAAAGACAAGGAGCUAGUCACAGAUUUCAACUCUAUGCCAUCUACACCCUUUUUGCAGUCACCACUUGUAUCUGACCCGGGUGCCGAACCGCUGGUUUUGAAAAACAAGUCUCCAAGGUGGCAUGAGCAGCUCCAAUGCUGGUGCCUUAACUUCAGAGGCCGUGUUACAGUGGCUUCUGUUAAAAAUUUCCAGCUUGUCGCAUCUGUUGAUCCAUCCCACAAUGUUUCGGCCGAACAGCAAGAUAGGGUAAUCUUGCAGUUUGGAAAGAUUGGAAAAGACAUCUUCACCAUGGAUUACCGCUACCCGCUGUCCUGUUUCCAAGCAUUUGCAAUCUGCUUAAGCACCUUCGACACCAAACCAGCCUGUGAAUGAAGCAUUGUAGAACAUGAUCAUCAUUUUCUGAAUCUCUUUAUUAAUAUUGAAUGGCAUGUAUGAUCAUUAUGUUUUACAUAAAACUUCUUCAUGCUUUGAUCA